AUGACGGCCACCACGCAGUCGGUGACCAACCUCCUGAACGCCUCGCACAUGACGGGAGCGGAUCGACUCCGUGAGCUGCAGCAGAUCCACGCCCUCGUAUUGGCCGACACCGAGCUGAUCGACGCCGACUGCGCCGAGCUGGCCAGGCUGAAGGUGGCGCUGGAGCAGCAGGUGGACACCAAGCGCGGCACGGUGGAACGGCUGAAGGAGGAGCUGAAACGGGCCGAGGCGACCAACCGGAAGAUGCGCCGCGACCUGGACCACGCCGACUUCAAUCAGGCCGGCCAGAUCUGCUCCCUUAUUGGAGGUCGACUAAUCCAGACGAAGAAUCAGUUCGAGAAUAUUGUCGCUGGGUCCCAACUUUUUGAUGUCCUCGCCGGCAAAUCCACCUUCAUCGGCAUUCGCAGAAUUAAUGGAACUUGGAGCUACGCCGAUGGAACACCAUUGACGUUCCAGAAGUGGAAGAGCGCGAAUGAGACAAAUCAAGUCGGCUUUGACUGCGCCAUGAUGCAGGGCAACGACUUCUCGUGGUAUUCGACAAAGUGCGAGCUGAAGUGGCCCUUCAUCUGCACGUUCCCGGAUGGAAGGGAUGGAAACUGCCCUAAUGGCUGGAAAUUCUAUCAACGCACCAUCUCGUGCUACUGGACUCCGAACGUCAACUGGAAUCAGCCCCUUAACAUCAGCCUCUACGACGGUGAGCAAAGAUGCCAGGCCCAAGGCGCUCACCUCGUCUCGAUUCACAGCGACCAGGAGAACCGAUUCGUGCUCAACCUUGUCGCGUCGGUGCGCGAAAAUCAAAACGUGCAGAACUGCGACCGGAAGCCGUUCAACCAGGUGCUGAUCGGGCUCAACGGCACCGGAACUGAGCACUGGACCGAUGGCUCGGCUUUUGAUUACGAUCACAGGAACAGUGGAGCUUAUACUUAUGGGUUCGUCAACGACCCGCUGUGCUACCUGGACGAGUGGGACAACUGGCGCCAAGACGACCUCUUCGGCAGCUACAAGAUGAGCCCAUUUCCGUUCCGUCAACUGACCGAAACGCAACGGACGGCCAUCUACUACCAUCUCGGCUUCUCGCAAAAGUGUCUGCUCCGACGGGUUGCAAAGAUCUUCCUCCAGCGCUCAGCGCACCAUUUUCUGAUGGCCACCCGGUUUGACGCUAUAUCCGUCAGAACGCGCGAUUGGCCAGAAUAUCGACUGCCCGACGCGAUACACAAAGUUCUGCGAGCGAAUAUUGGCGACAACGACGAGGCGUUCAUCUACCGGUACACAGAGUUGUGUCCGGCCCAACCUGACCGUGGUAUUGAAGAUGGCCGCCGAAUUGAUCGCAUUCAAGUCCAAAUUGCCCAGAAUCGACGCGGCCGAUGGGAUCUAGACGAGGAGAAGAAGAAGAAGAAGACGUGCGCUGGCGAGACGCACGAAUGGGAAAUCAUUGCCGGAAAUUGCCCUCCCGGUGCCGUCGAUUACAGCGAGGGCCAAGAAUGCCUCCUCGGCAUCAACGCACCUGCUGAAUACGCGGCAGCCGCGCAGACGUGCACAAUGCUCGGCGGACGGCUCGUGCAGCCGAGAAAUUCCUUGGAAAACGUUUUGGCGGGCUCGCAGAGUAUUGAGGCGCUGCACGGUCAGGCGGCGUAUCUGGGCGUGCGUCGCAUCAACGGCGUCUGGCGCUACGCCGACGGCACCGCGUUGGCGUAUCAGAACUGGAAAAAUGAGAUGGUGUGGUCGGUGCGCGAGAACUGGGACGUGACGUGUUCUCAAACUCAGGGGGCCAGGUAUCUGAUAGGUCUCACCUUCUCCAGGGGCCCCCCGGAGUGGACGGACGGUACGCUGUACGACUAUACGGCCGUCGACCGUGCCGGACAGCCCUCAUACGGUAUCUACAACGAUCCGAUUUGCCCUAGCACCGGCAGUUGGUAUGGGGCCGCUGCUCAAAACUACGCUGGCUACGUUUGCAAGAAAAGGGCUGUGGCCGUGGUUGGACCCACCCUCAAGGAAAAGCUCGCCAAGAUCGAAAAAUUGGCCACCUUGGCCCGACUGAACAAAAUGCCAUUCGUGCCGCCAACCUCGCUU